AUGGGUCAAACAGACGCUUCUAGUACCAACAAAGCUUUGUGCCAAAUUUUCAAGACAUGGGGAUGCCCACUGAUCAUCCAGAGCGAUAACGGGCCACCCUUCCAAAGCGCGUCGUUCAUCGACUUUUGGGAGGAAAAGGGUAUAAGAGUCCGCAAAUCAAUUCCGCUCUGUCCACAAACAAAUGGAAUCGUUGAACGUCAGAACCAAGGCUUAAUUAAAGCAGUGGCAGCAUCAAAAAUUGAUGGUGAAAACUGGAAACAUGCACUGCAGCGGUACGUUCACCACCAUAACACCGUAGUACCCCAUUCGCGCCUAAAUGUAACGCCCUUCGAGCUCCUGGUCGGCUGGAAGUAUCGCGGUACGUUUCCUAGCCUUUGGGGCGGAUUAAACAAACAGCUAGAUAGAAUUGAUGUGGAAGAACGAGAUAGUCAAGCAAAGCUAUCCAGCAAACACUACGCUGAUAAGGCACGUGGAGCAAAGGAAUCUGAUAUAGUCGUCGGCGAUGUUGUGCUCAUGGCACAACAAAAAAAGUCUAAAGUAGAUCCAACAUUUUCCAGUGAACGGUUCACCAUAAUAGCCAGAGAAGGUGCUAAGGUAGUGCUAGCUAAUAAUGGAGGGGUACAAUACUCUAGAAACUUGCAAGAGGUCAGAAAAGCUCCGUUUCUGACAGAAAACCUCAGCGUUAAACCUAGUGAGGAACGGGUAAAUGAGCAGCAAACAGCGGAUUAUAACGAACAAAUAGGGGAAGCAGGAGAAUAUCAGUCUGAUAAUAAUGAAUAUUGUUCGGGUCCUUCGUCUGAAGCCAAAGCAACUUCAAGAACAUUAAGAAACCGUGAAAACAUCCGAAAACCAUCAAGAUUCGACAAUAAGUUCUUAUACACCAUUUUUUGUUAA